CAUUAAAAAAGCAAAGAAAGUAGCUUUUGUUAAAGAUUAGCUUUGUAGUUCCUGUGAAGUACGUAUAAUAUAAGCAAGACGUGAACUGGGAUUUGAUGUGUAAUGAGGUGGUGAGCUCACUAGCAUGAUUAUACAGCUAAUUGAGAAAAGACUGGAGAAUGGCUCACCAUGGCAAGAAAAACUCUCAACAAUGCAUUUUAGAAGACCGUGAUUUUAAAGUUGAUUCUCGCUUUGUAAAUCUAAAGCCAAUCGGUAUUGGUGGCAAUGGCAUUGUAUAUUCUGCUGUAGACAGUGAAUGUGAAAAAGAAGUUGCUAUUAAAAAAAUAUGCUUUUCUGAUAAGAAAAGUUGUAAAUAUGCAUUCCGUGAACUCCGUAUUAUGCGUCGACUUCACCAUGAAAAUAUUGUGACAGUAUACGAGGUGUUAGGUCCUGGUGUAUGCAGUGUUGCAGAUAAUAUGAUGGGUUCUCUAUGUGAACUGAAUUCUGUUUAUAUUGUUCAAGAGCUAUUAGACACUGAUCUGCAACAGUUAUUGCUUGAUGAAGGCUGUCCACUUGGAGAAGAGCAUGUCCGUCUGUUCUUGUAUCAGUUGCUUCGAGGACUUAAAUAUAUACAUUCUGCUAACGUUCUUCACAGAGAUCUUAAACCCAGUAACUUGCUUAUUAACCUUGAUGACCUAACAUUGAAGAUUGGUGAUUUUGGAUUAGCAAGAGUUAUUGAUUCAGACUACACUCACAAAGGUUUUCUCACAGAUCAAGUAGGUACUUGUUGGUAUCGUUCUCCAGAAUUAAUUAUUUCACCAAAUGAUUAUACUAAAGCUAUUGAUAUUUGGAGUGCUGGAUGUAUAUUUAUGGAAAUGUUGACUGGUCAACCUCUGUUACCUGGUUCUCAUGAUAUGGAACAGAUCAGUUUAAUUCUUCAAUUAGUGAACAUUUCGGAUAAUGACUGGAACAGAGUAACUCAAGUCUUGCCAAAAAGUGUAAUGAAACGGAUUCCACGGGUACCUGAAAAAACACUCCGCGAUACUUAUCCAACAAUAGACCCAUCAGCUUUGAAUUUGAUUGAGAAAAUGCUGACUGUUAACUCCAGUCAACGAAUAAGUGCAGAGGAUGCACUACAGCACCCCUAUUUAAAGAGUUACUGCUGUCCCUCUGAUGAACCAAUAGCAACACAACCCUUUUUUAUUGAACAUGAAGUUGAUGAACUGUCUCCUAAAGCACUGUGCCAUUAUAUAACAGAACUGCAAGGAAAACAAUUUUCAACUGGCUCAGAAUACUUGCCAAAACAUUUAAACAUUUAUUGUGAAGACAAUAGCCUACAACCAAUUCCAUCCCACGGAGAUACAGCCAAAUCUCGGAAGUCUGAAGAACACAGAAGUAAAAAACCCGAAAUGAUCCAUGAACACAAAAGAGAAAAAAACAAAGAGCAAUGUAAUAUAUCAAAUAUGCAACGAUCACCCGAUUCUGCUAAUCACCCACUAUUAAAGAAGCCACAGAAACAACAUCCAGCAAAAUUAAAUAUUAAGAAACCAAAUCAAAGCAAGUCAUCUAAUAUAAAUGAUAGUUUUUAUGAAAUAAAAGUAAAAGAUAGAGUGAAUCUAGAACGCAAAAGUGAAACUCAUACUGGAAGGCAGCAAACAGGAAGCAGACGAACAGCAUCCUUUCUAAGCCCUAAAGAACAACUGCUAUCAGCAACUGAAGCAGACUCAUUGAAAUAUGCUGCAGAAAAGAACCAAUGUGAAAAAAAGCAAACUCGUCAAAAGUCAGGAGGAAGUUGCGACUUUGACAGUCGUUACAGACUUCCAACUGAACAUCUAACUAGACAGAACAAGCAAAGCCAGAGCCUUUGCAACCGUCCAUUAAAAUUGAAUCCCCAUAUCCUAGCAAACAAAUUUGAAAAGCUAAUUAUAUGGGACAAUGAAAACAUUACAAAUGAUGCUGAUCAGAACUAUGGUCCAUUACCAAUAAAACAAAAAAACAGAAAAGACCAAGAUAACAGUUCAGAAAGUGAUGACUCUUAACUCUUCAGAAAAAUUUAUAUUGAACAUAACAGUAUUUUAGUGAACAUUUCUAUCAAAUCACUGAACCAGAAUCUCUGGUACACUAAAUAACAUUGAACAAUCAACAUGUUUUCAAUAAAACUGGUACAAUUAAAACUGACUGCACCAACAGUGGUAUACCAGAACUGAUAAGCAAACCUGUAUGGACAUUUAUUGAAAUGUGCUUGAACAUUACUGCUCCAUGCAUAUCUCCCACAAAACAAUGUAUUUAAAAGGAAAGGUAUUUUUAUGUGUGCUCAUUCCUUAUAAAUUAAUGUAAAUUUGAUUUUCAGUCCUGGUAUCACACUUAAGGUAAAUAUAACCAUAAAUAAAUAAUAAAAAAGUUGUUGAAGAAA